UUGUGGGUAUGGGUCUCACGUGAGGCUUACUGAAGGCACCCGAGAUCAGAGUGCAUUGUUGAGCGUAAGGAGGACGGUGGAGGGGCAAGAACCAGUGUCUGACAGGGUGUGCUUCGGAAUCCAUUUGGUUUCUUCAAGCGUUUGCCCAGUCCAGAGGUUUAAAAAUGGCAUCCAAACAAGAAAUAAUGAGUGACCAGCGGUUUAAACGGGUUACAAAGGACCCAAGAUUUUGGGAAAUGCCAGAAAAGGAUAAAAAAGUCAAAAUUGACAAGAGAUUUCGAGCCAUGUUUCAUGACAAAAAGUUCAAGUUGAAUUAUGCUGUGGAUAAAAGAGGGCGCCCCAUCAACCACAGUACUACAGAGGACUUGAAACGUUACUAUGACCUUUCAGAUUCUGAUUCAGAUCUCUCUGAUGAAGAUAGCAAAGCCCUGAAUCAAAAGAAAAUGAAGAAGAAAAAACCCCAGACCAAAAUAGGAAUAGAUUCAAAAAGUCUAGUUGAGGAGAAAAAGAAAGAAACCAAGAAAAUUAAUCGAAUGAAUUCUGAAAGCAAAAAUGAGUUAGAGAAUUCUGAAAGAAUUCAGAAAGCAAAAACGUCCUUUAAAUCUAAGAAGUUAGAUUCAGAAAUACGUCCCAAGAAGGAUAGCAAAGAAUUUGCACAGAAAGGUACAAAAGAGAAAGAAGACAUUGUUCAACGUAGUACAGAUGACUUUCCUAAAGGAAAACUAAAGAUGGUCAGCUUGGACAUCACUGAAGUGAAAUCACCCAAGGUCAAGUGUUCUGAGACAAGAAGGAAAAUACAGUCAGGAGAUGGUUAUGAAAAUUCAACAGGAGGUAAAAUGUUUGAUGAAGAUUCUCUGGAGGAACAUUCAGAAAAUGCUAGUGAAAUGGAGGAUGAUGAGGAAUCUGAAGAUGAAAUUACAGGAGUGGGUAGAGCUUCAGAUGAUGAUGAUGAUGAUCAUGAAAGUGAAGGUGAUGAAGAUGAGGAGGAUAAAGAUGAGGAUGGUGAAGAUGAUGAAAGUGACAGUGGCCCUGAUCUUGCUAGGGGUAAAGGAAAUAUAGAAACUAGUUCUGAAGAUGAGGAAGAUGAAGAUUUUCUUCCAGAGGAAUCUGGUUUUGAGCAUGCUUGGAGAGAAUUAGAUAAAGAUGCUCCUCAGACUAAUGAGAUUACACGUCGAUUAGCAGUUUGCAACAUGGACUGGGAUAGAUUAAAGGCAAAAGAUUUGCUGGCUCUGUUCAAUUCAUUUAAACCUAAAGGAGGUGUUAUAUUUUCUGUAAAGAUAUAUCCUUCGGAGUUUGGAAAGGAGAGGAUGAAGGAAGAGCAAGUUCAGGGACCAGUGGAGUUAUUAAGUAUUCCUGAAGAUGCCCCUGAAAAGGACUGGGCAUCUAGAGAAAAACUGAGAGAUUAUCAAUUCAAACGACUGAAGUACUACUACGCAGUAGCAGACUGUGAUUCUCCUGAAACGGCCAGUAAAAUUUAUGAGGAUUGUGAUGGCCUGGAAUUUGAAAGUAGUUGUUCUUUCAUAGAUCUAAGGUUUAUACCAGAUGAUAUUACCUUUGAUGAUGAGCCCAAGGACGUAGCCUCAGAAGUGGAUUUAACAGCAUAUAAACCAAAGUAUUUCACAUCUGCUGCAAUGGGAACAUCAACGGUGGAGAUCACUUGGGAUGAGACAGAUCAUGAAAGAAUUACAACACUUAACAGGAAAUUUAAAAAGGAAGAGCUUUUGGACAUGGAUUUUCAAGCCUACUUAGCUUCCUCUAGUGAAGAUGAAGAGAAGAUAGAAGAGGAGCUACAAGGUGACGAUGGAAUCAAUGCAGAAGAAGAUGGGAAAACAAAGAAAAGUCAGAAGGAUGACGAAGAACAAAUUGCAAAAUAUAGGCAGCUCUUGCAAGUUAUUCAAGAAAAAGAAAAGAAAGGCAAAGAAAAUGAUAUGGAAAUGGAAAUUAAGUGGGUUCCAGGUCUUAAAGAAAGUGCAGAAGAGAUGGUCAAAAACAGAUUGGAAGGAAAAGAUAAACUGACCCCUUGGGAACAAUUUUUAGAGAAGAAGAAAGAGAAAAAAAGACUGAAAAAGAAACAAAAGGCUCUUGCUAAAGAGACCAGUGAAGAUGAAUUGCCCUCCGAUGUGGAUUUGAAUGACCCAUACUUUGCUGAAGAAGUUAAAAAAAUGGGUGUAAAGAAAAAAUCAUUGAAAUAUGCAAAAGAUGUCACGUCUCCAGAGGAAGAAACUGAAAUAGAAAGUCAAAAGGCUGAAAUGGCUUUGCUCAUGAUGGAUGAGGAAGAGGAGGAGGGCAGCAAGAAACACUUCAAUUACGACAAGAUUGUGGAGCACCAGAAUCUGAGCAAAAAGAAGAAAAAACAGCUCAUAAAAAAGAAGGAAUUAUUAGAGGAUGACUUUGAGGUAAAUGUUAAGGAUGUACGAUUUCAGGCAAUGUAUACUUCCCACUUAUUUAAUUUGGAUCCCUCAGAUCCUAAUUUCAAGAAAACAAAAGCUAUGGAAAAAAUCCUUGAGGAGAAAGCCCGGCAAAGAGAACAAAAAGAAGAAGAAUUUACUCAGGCAAUAAAGAAAAAAGAGAGUGAGAUUCAAAAGGAAUCACAAAAGAAGUCUAUUGAUCCUUCCUUGUCAAUGUUGAUUAAAUCUAUAAAAACCAAAACAGAGCAAUUUCAAGCAAGAAAAAAACAAAAAGUCAAAUAACUGGAUUUUGUUUCAUUUUGGAUUGAGAAUAGCUUUCCUGCAGUAUACAGAAAUGGUUGAAGGCAUAGCUUUAGGAAAUAAAGCUACCUUUCAAGAAUAUGAAUAAAAUCUUAUUCUGACCAUUGUAAGAUAUCUCACCAUAAAUAAUCAUUGGACCUAACUGUGGAUGAUCAGCACAUUUGUACUGUAUAUUUCCACAGGUUAAUCUAAUUAAUUCCAGUUAUCUGAAAUACAGGAUUUAUAAAAUGUUUGUAUUUUAUGUAGUUCAGGUCAUACUAGUAGAAAGUUAUGCUAAGUUAGCUUUUUUAAAGACUGUUUACAAUUCUAUGUAAAAAAUAUAGCAAUGCCCAGUCAUAAGUCUGUGUAAGGGUUAGGGACAGUUUGGAAAUAUGUAUAUGCAGUACAUUAAUUUCUCUGACAGCAAGAGACACAUUUAGAUAUCUAUUAAAAUAAUUUAUUUUUCUAGCUAUAAAGGAUGGAUGCCAAGAACUUUUUAGUUUGGUCGUGUUUAUUACAGUUUGUUUAUGAAAUUAAUUUGUAAAUAGAAGUUCAAAAUAUUUUUGUUACUGUGUAUAAACACUGAUUUAUUUCAUUUUAUGUACCUCAAAUAAACUGCUAUCUGGAAAAGUAUCUGAAAAAUGACUUUAACUCUUUAAGAGGACAACUCCAGGAAACGGCCAUUCCAGGUUUGCAUGGCUCGUAAUUAUAUUUGAAAUGUUUGUGAGCUCUCCAUUGGUUUUUCUACUUGUAGUAACAGAAGGUUCUGUCUGUCUUUCAGAUUUUUGGAAUGCUUGGACGGGUGGAUACACUGCUAUAGAGUUUAAGGAAAUCUUAAUUCUUUUUAAAAUUAAAAUAAAACACAACUUCAAGGCCCUAACGUUUCUUAGGUCUCAUCUGGUCUAGGUUUUAUAUAAACUAUUAAUGGGCCACUUAGAAGAAUUAGGUGUGCUUUAUAAGUAAAUGAAAAUAAAACCAAAAUGGUCAUUUAAAACACAUGAUAAGUAGGGUAGCUUCUCAAAGGCAGUAGGAGUUUGGCCAGGUUUGUGUUUCGUAGUUAACUUCACAUUUUUCAUAUAAAAAAUUCAAACCUGCCAAUGUAGCAUAGUUUUUAAAGAGUAAAAGGAUGCAAAUUCAGAGUGAUAUCAAAAUAAUAAGGGUAUAAAAACAGUCUCUGAAAAGGUAAAGAAAAAAGCACAUUUAAAUGGCUCAUGAUAGCAGUAGGAAAAAUGCAGAUUAUUUAAACUGGAAAUUGUGUAUUUAUUAUAAAGCACCGAGAUUGUUAGGUUAUUCAGUUGAAUAAAGAGUGCUCCUAGUGAUCCAUCUAUGUCUUAAAAGUUCUGUUAUUAACUGAUUAUCACUGAAAGGUUGUUUAAUCUUAGUAUGUUUAUGAAUAUAGUCUAUAAGCAAUUGUAUAAUGGUUCAUAAUACAGGUUUCUCCCACUAUCCGAAAAUAAGAGCGUUCCUCUAAAACGUUUUGGAAGCUGAAAUGGCAUAAAGCACAGAAGCAAUUACCAUUAAUUUAUAUGGGAAAAUUUUUUGAGCAUUCCCAGACCCAAAAAAUAACCUACCAAACCACACCAAGUAACAUAAAACCUAAAAUAACACUAACAUACAGUAAAAGUAGGAAUAAUAUGAUAAAUACAUGGGUUAUGUAAAAUAAUAAUAAUAUGCGUACUGUGUAGUUUCUCUUACCAGAAUCGGUAAGACAGCACACUUCAUGGCCGAGAGGCGGUGGUGGUGAUGAGCGGUAGGCCCGUAGCCUAGCUAGCAAUGGCAUUGGGGCUGGGUUGAAGGGCUAGGGUUCGAAUCCCACAAAAGAGGGAGAUUUACGUUAACUGUGUGCCCAUGGAUGAGUCUUACAGUUAGAGAAAUGCCCAGGGGACGUCCAAGUCGGGAUGGGAUCUCGCGAUGCAUGGUGUGUUAUACGUCACAAGGCAUCUGAUUGGAUAUAGCUGGGUCCUUCAAUAAGGGUGGAGGAGUUUGA